AUGAAACCUUCUUCUGUUCUCGUGCCUACCCUUUCAGCAAUCGUAUUUCUCUCCACAGAUGCUAAUGCAUUUUCACUAUUAGGCUUGCUCUCAAAACGUCAAUCUAUUUCUUCCCCUACCACAGAAUCGGGCUCUGUCUCAGUCUCGUCAUUCCAAAACUCUUCUUCCUCAACUAUUUCUACCUUUUCAGAAUCUUUCAAUGCUUCGCUAGCAAUCCUCGCUUCUCCCUAUUCAAACUCUACUUCUUCCGGCCCCUACAAUAACGGUACCAUUAUUGUGACCCCAGGUGACAGCUCUAGCUCAGAAUCAGAAUCAGAAUCAGAAUCAGCUUCCGAUUCCAGUAUCGACGCUGGCUCCAGUACCGAAUCUGAUUCCAGUACUGAAACUGGCCCCAGUACAGACAAUGGUUCUACCUCAGGUUCUGACUCCGGCUCCAGCUCUGACAAUGGUUCUUCAGGUUCUGACUCCGGCUCUUCUUCAGGCACCGACAAUGGUUCUUCAGGUUCAGACUCCGGCUCUUCUUCAGGCACCGACAAUGGUUCUUCAGGUUCAGACUCCGGCUCUUCUUCAGGUUCAGACUCCGGUUCUUCAGGCUCCGACUCCGGUGCUUCUUCAGGAUCCCCUUCGGAUUCUUCCUCAAACUCAGGUUCCAAUUCCAAUUCCAAUUCCAAUUCCAAUUCCAGCACAGGCUCAGACUCUUCUAUUUCUCCUAACGGCAACGACUCCGGUUCUGACUCUGGCUCUUCUCCUUCCUAUUCUGAUUCAGGUUCUGGCUCAGGUUCUGAUUCCGGUUCUGACUCCGGUUCUGACUCCGGUUCUGAUUCCGGUUCUGAUUCCGGUUCCAGCUCUAACGGCUCUUCAGGCUCUUCUUCUGAUUCAGGAUCAAGCUCUACUGAUAAUAACUCUUCUUCCUCUGGUUCUGAGUCCUCAGAUAAUGGUUCAAGUCCCUCUUCUGACUCCGGUUCAUCUGGUUCUGGUUCUGGUUCUGGUUCUGGUUCUGAUACCGGCUCCAGCAGCUCUGGCUCCGGCUCUGACUCUGGUUCCAACGGCUCUGACUCUGGUUCCAACGGCACUGAUUCUGGUUCCAGCGGCACUGACUCUGGUUCUGGUUCUGACUCUGGUUCUGGUUCUGGUUCUGGUUCUGGUUCUGACUCUGGCUCUGGUUCUGGUUCUGACUCUGGUUCUGGUUCUGACUCUGGCUCCAGCUCUUCUAGCAAUGGAUCAGGCUCUAGUUCCAGCUCUGGCUCUGGAUACUACACCCUUUCUCACUCUCAUGCAGCUCCUCAUGCUACAUCCUCUCGGUUGACUCUCACAGCUCCUUAUUCCAAUACUACUUUCCACUUCCCAUCUUCCACUCUCCAAACUGUAUUUUCAUCUUCCUCUGUUCCAGCUUAUACUUCUUCCAUUUCUGCCUCCAUUUCAGACCCACCUUCGUUUGAAGCUCUUGAGUUAGCCCCUACCUCUUCAACUCGGAAAUCCACUAGUACAAAAACCUCUUCAUCUUCUCAUCCAACCACCUUUUCUACAAUCAAAACUUCUGCUAAAUCAACUACUACAACUAAGCCAACUUCUACAAGUAAAGCAGCCUCUACAAGUAAGGCAACUUCCACAUCCAAAGCCACUACUUCCAGUAAGGCAACAUCUACAUCCAAAGCAACUACUUCCAGUAAGGCAACAUCCACAUCUAAAGCAACUUCUACAAGUAAGGCAACCUCAACAAGCAAGGCAACUACUUCCAGUAAGGCAACAUCCACAUCUAAAGCAACUUCUACAAGUAAGGCAACCUCCACGAGCAAGGCAACUACUUCCAGUAAGGCAACAUCCACAUCUAAAGCAACUUCUACCAGUAAAGCAACCUCCACAUCCAAAGCAACUUCUACUAUUAAGGCAACAUCCACAUCCAAAGCAACAUCCACAAGCAAGGCAACAACUACAACUAAAGCAACAACUACAACUAAAGCAACAACUACAUCUAAGGCAACAACUACAUCUAAAGCUACAACUACAACCAAAGCUACAACUACUACUCACACUUCUUCCUCUGCCACACCUACAAGCACUAGCCCUACAUUUAACUACCCCGGGUCCGAUGGUAUUUUCAAAUUUGCUCCCAAAGCCCUGACUUACACUCCAUUCAACAAUGAUCUCAGCAACUGGUGCCGAACUCAGGCUCAAAUCACCCAGGAUCUUAAGGACAUCCGCGCCAAGGGCAUCACCGAAAUCCGCGUCUAUGGCACAGAUUGCAAUUCCAUCAACACUAUUCUGUCCCAAGCCAAGAUUCAAGGCCUUUCGGUUAUCCAGGGUUUCUACAUUACCUCGGCUGGAGCUAGCUCUAUUGACAGUGCGGUGUCUGAUUUUAUCACUUGGGCUAAGGCAAAUCCAAAUGACUUGAGCGUCAUUUCGGCCAUUUCAGUGGGUAACGAGGCUGUCACCAACAAUUGGAUAUCUGCUGCAGAUCUUGUUACCAAGAUUAAGCAGGUCAAAACUCUUCUCAGUAAUGAGAUUGGCUAUACAGGCCCUGUUAUCACUGCAGAAGUUGUUGGUACUUUGCAAUCAAACCCUUCUUUGUGUGCUUCUGGUCUUGUUGGCUACGUUGCUGCAAACAUCCACCCCUACUUUGACCAGUACAUUUCAGCUGACGAGUCAUAUGACUUUAUGCUUAACCAGAUCAAGCUUGUAAAGGCUGCUUGCCCCGGGCUCCGAGUCCGUGUGGUCGAGUCUGGCUAUCCUCAUGCUGGUGAUGUAUAUGGCAAGCAGGUUCCCAGUUAUACUAACCAAGGUAUUGCCGUGACACAGAUUUUUGCAGCGGCUGGGUCCGACGUUGUUUUGUUUUCCAUGUGGGAUGACAAGUGGAAGUCUCCAGGAAGUUGGAAUGUCGAACAAAACUUUGGUUUGUUUGAUAGACUUGCUUAA